AGAAGGAGACGAGGAACGUUUCCCAUAAUAUAACUUAUUGGAUUUAAAAACGGCAUGUGUGUUUGGUUUUGGUAUUAUUUCUUCUACUCUUGUUAAACUGCGGAAAACAACACCCACUUCGUCUACCUGAUGGUAGAAAAAGAUUUCCAUUGCUUCACUGGACUUUUUCACUGUUGGAAUUACCCAUAAUAAACGCUGAUGUCAUUGGCAACUUUAGGAUUCUGAUAACAUAAAUAUCCAGUCAACAUGACUAAGGACCUAUGAAAAUAUUCAACACCGCUAUCCUAAUUGUGCUAACAUGCAGGGGAUCAAGAGAGAGCCAGACUCCUACAGUGGAGAGGAUGCCCUAGUCUUGGCCCUCCAGGGGGCUGACCAGGAUUUGAUUGGCCACAAGUUUUCUGGCAUUCCUUUCAAGGCCAAGUCCACAUCUUGCCGUAGGAAACGGGAGUUCAUCCCUGAUGAGAAGAAAGAUAUUAUCUACUGGGAGAGGAGGCGCAAAAACAAUGAGGCAGCCAAACGCUCACGGGAGAAACGUCGCCUCAACGACAUGGUGCUGGAGAACAAGCUAAUGGCCCUUGGGGAAGAAAAUGCCACCCUGAAGGCUGAGUUGCUGUCAUUGAAGCUAAAGUUUGGCCUCGUCAGCUCGGCAGUAUACGCCCAAGAGGUCCAGAAGAUCUCCAGCUCCACCACGGCACUCUAUCAGGACUUUGUUUCGCCUGGUGCUGGCCAGGGUUCUUACUCCAGGGACCUAGAGCCUCCUCACCUGGGCAGCAGCUGCAUAUCAGUCAUCAAACACUCGCCCCACAGUAGGUUGUCGGACGUAUCGGAGAUGUCUUCUGCCACCCAAGGCAUGCUGAGCGGUAUCUGCAGGACCCCGGAGAUCAUCAAGCAAGAGCCUGCUGAGCAUAACAGCUACGCCCGAGAUAGGAGUAGCCCGUAUGAACUUUACAGGAACUACAUGGUCAGCCCUUUCCCUGGCACCUACUCCCAACCUUCGCCCCAACCUUCGCCAUUCCUGCAGAUCACCCGGUCAUCCAGUAAUUCCCCCAGGACUUCCGAUGAUGGAGUUGUGAGUAAAUCAUCGGAUGGCGAGGAUGAACAGCAGGUCCCUAAAGGCCCCCUCCCAUCUGCUUCUGACCCCAAAAGUGUCAUUGUCUCCACACUUAAAGUGCCAGAUGCAAGCUCCUCUGCCUUACCCCACAAACUGCGGAUCAAGGCCAGAGCCUUCCAAAUUAAAGUGGAGGCCAUUGAUCCAGACUACGACUCCUCUGGGAAACCAUCUUUGCCCAUUGACAUGUCAGCCAGAGGGUGCUACCCAAUGGGCAGCACCCUCAGCCCUUUGUCUCUCCAAGUGAGCAAUAUACAGGAUUGGACCCACCGGCCAGAUCACUGGCACAAAGACAGCACAGAGAGGCAGCCUAAUGGCUGCAAGAGACAUCUCAGUCCAAGCCCCAUCCCCAGUAAACUCAUUGUGGCCCUUAAAGGCACCUCUUAUGGCCCCUCAGAGUCAGAGGAUUUAUACUUAAAACAGGGCAUUGCAGACCUGUCUGCAGAAGUGGCCUCUCUGAAAAGACUGAUUAUGACUCGGCAAGGUUCUGUGAUUGAGUCAACCAAAGGCACUGCUGAUCGAGAGUUAUUAACAAAAGGAUGUUACUCAAAAUGAGUUUUGUAUGUUUUGCACAAUGCCUGUUUUUUUCACUGUUUACUCUUGCACUGUGUGGUUGAUAUGGUGUAAAAUGCAGUUAAUUUAAAAUGAACAGUGUGUUGUGGAAUUGCUAUCGUAGUUGACACACAUGUCAUGAUAACUCUCAUCUGUAGCCCAGCAGUCAGGCUACUAUUCAUGCAAAUUCAAUGUUAACUGUUUUUCUCAAGUUUUGUUGAAAAUGGUGAGUUUUGUUUACAAUAAAUAUACACACUGAU